GAAGAGAAUGCGACUCAGGAGCUGCAUGCACUUCGUUGCGCUGGCGAUGCCACUCUGGGCACUGGCCUUCUGUCUUUUCGUGAUGGUGCCAGUCCCAGCCCAGUCAUCAAGUUUGGAGAUCGCAAAAGACGAACGCCGGCUACAGGAAUUGGAGUCAAAACUGGGAGCGGAAACAGACCAGUCUAACAUAAAUUUGGCAGGACCAUCAGUCUCGCGAUUCGGAGAUAGGCGCAUGCAAAAAAACCCUAGUUUUGGUAGAAGGGUCCCACUGAUUUCUCGACCUAUGAUCCCAAUCGAGUUAGAUCUGCUGAUGGACAAUGAUGAUGACCGGACAAAGACUAAGCGGUUUGACGACUACGGUCAUAUGAGGUUUGGAAAGCGCGGAGGGGACGAUCAGUUCGAUGACUAUGGCCACAUGCGCUUUGGCAGGUAAAUGUAAGCCAACUGCUUGUCAACGGGAUGUCAUCUGGUUUUUUACAUUUAUGUAAAUUGUAUAUAUACUUAUAUAUUCUUAACGCCUAUUAACUAGUAAUUACAAAACAAUAAAUGUGCGCAUUCCGAAAAUGGA